AAACGACCCAAAUUAAAAACAGUUUGGAUGAAUGAAUCAUCAAAGUCAGUGAAUUUUAGAGUAGACUUCUUCACUCAUACACUAAUAUCGGACGUCGGAAAUUCUCUCAUUCCGUAUCAUUUCGCUCCUCCAAAAUGUCUAAUAGGCAUACUAUUAUUCUGAUGCAAACAUCCCAACACAGAGGAUCCCGCACGUUCAUGGACUAUGAGUCGAUCAGCCAAGCAAUGGAUGGAAUAUGUGGACUGUAUGAACGAAAACUGAAGGAUCUAAAUCCAGCCAUAAGAAAUAUCACAUAUGAUAUCUCAGAUUUGUACAAUUUCUUCGAUGGACUUGCUGAUUUGAGUGCAUUAGUCUACGAUCACUCAAUUCAGGCAUAUCUUCCAUACGAUAGACAAUGGAUCAAGCAGAAAACGUUGCAGAACUUGAAGAAAUUGGCUCAGUGAUCAUCACAGAUGCUGGACUCUUAAGUGUGACAUGUUUCGGUUCAGCUGGACCAUCCACCAUUCUAGAAUCAUGAAAUUUGAAACUUGUGUGAGUCUUCAUCUCAUGUUUCCUUAUUUUGUGGAAAUACAGUGAUGCUAAUUGCUAAUAGCCUGUUUCUCUAUCUAGUCUUCAUCUUGUAACAUGCUAUCAAAAUUCGCUCUUGUAGGCUGUCCAAAUAUUGAUUGCUGUAUACUGAUGUUUUUCUUUUUUUAUUUUUAUUUUAUAA